AGGGAGGAGCACAGCCUGAUGCGGAGAUGCUGCAGUGGCUCGGGGCGCGCACACACACGCGCGCCCUCCGCCGCCACCGCGCCCGCCGCCACCGCACCGGGCCCGCAGCGGCAGCGAGCAGGGCUGCCCGCGGGGCUCGCGGCCGAGGGCAGCGCCCACCUGCCCCAGCCGACACCCGGCUUUCACCCCAGCACCCCCUGGCCUCCCGCUGUGCCCGAGCCGACUGGCCCCCUCCCCUCUGCACAGCGCUGCCCGGGGACCUCCAGCAUGGGGACAUCUGUCAGGAGGGGCUCACACCCACUGCUGCUGGUCGCCAUGGCCCUCGUCUCCUCCUCAGAGCCUCAGGCCCCGGGUGUGCCCCCACCUGCAGCGUGGAGCUCAGCCUGGGGAACCACCGCCACCUUCGGGCCCGUCUUUGAAGACCAGCCCCUGAGCCUGCUGUUCCCAGAGGAGUCCACAGAGGAGAAGGUCACGCUGACGUGCCGCGCCCGAGCCAGCCCCCCAGCCACCUACCGGUGGAAGAUGAACGGCACCGACCUGAGCCUUCAGCCAGGUGGUCGCCACCAGCUGGUGGGGGGCAACCUGGCCAUCCUGAACCCCAGCAAGGCCCAGGACGCAGGCGUGUACCAGUGCCUGGCCACCAACCCCGUGGGCACUGUGGUCAGCAGGGAGGCUGUGCUGCGCUUUGGCUUUCUGCAGGAAUUCUCCAAGGAGGAGCGAGACCCGGUGAAAACCCACGAAGGGUGGGGGGUGAUGCUGCCCUGUGACCCUCCUGCCCACUACCCAGGUCUCUCUUACCGUUGGCUCCUCAACGAGUUCCCCAACUUCAUCCCGACGGACGGGCGUCACUUCGUGUCCCAGACCACCGGGAACCUGUACAUCGCGCGCACCAACGCCUCCGACCUGGGCAACUACUCGUGCCUGGCCACCAGCCACCUGGACUUCUCUACCAAGAGCGUCUUCAGCAAGUUCGCUCAGCUCAACCUGGUGGCCGGAGACUCCCGCCUCUUCGCGCCCACCAUCAAGGCCCGGUUCCCCGCGGAGACCUACGCGCUGCUGGGCCAGCAGGUCACCCUGGAGUGCUUCGCCUUCGGGAACCCUGUGCCCAGAAUCAAGUGGCGCAAAGUGGAAGGCUCCUUGUCCCCGCAGUGGGCCACGGCCGAGCCCACCCUGCAGAUCCCCAGCGUCAGCUUUGAAGACGAGGGCACCUACGAGUGUGAAGCCGAGAACUCCAAGGGCCGAGACACUGUGCAGGGCCGCAUCAUCGUGCAGGCUCAGCCUGAGUGGCUCAAGGUGAUCUCAGACACGGAGGCCGACAUUGGGUCCAACCUGCGCUGGGGCUGUGCGGCGGCGGGCAAGCCCCGGCCCACGGUGCGCUGGCUGCGGAAUGGGGAGCCCCUGGCCUCUCAGGCCCGGGUGGAGGUGCAGGCCGGGGACCUGCGGUUCUCCAAGCUGAGCCUCGAGGAUUCGGGCAUGUACCAGUGCGUUGCAGAGAACAAGCACGGCACCGUCUAUGCCAGCGCCGAGCUGUCCGUGCAGGCUCUGGCCCCGGAUUUCAGGCUGAAUCCUGUAAGGCGCCUGAUCCCUGCAGCGCGAGGCGGAAAGGUCGCCAUCCCCUGCCAGCCCCGGGCAGCCCCGAAGGCUGAGGUGCUCUGGAGCAAAGGCACUGAGAUUCUGGUCAACAGCAGCAGACUGACUGUCACUCCGGAGGGGACAUUGAUCAUUAGGAACAUCAGUAGGUCCGACGAAGGCAAAUACACCUGCUUUGCUGAGAACUUCAUGGGCAAAGCCAACAGCACUGGCAUCCUGUCUGUCCGAGAUGCAACCAAGAUCACCCUCGCCCCCUCUAGUGCCGACAUCAACCUGGGUGACAACCUGACCCUGCAGUGCCACGCCUCUCACGACCCCACCAUGGACCUCACCUUCACCUGGGCCCUGGAUGGCUUCGCCAUUGACUUUGACAAACCUGGCGCCCACUACCGCCGGGCCAGCAUGAAGGAGACGGUGGGCGAUCUCACCCUCCUGAACGCACAACUGAGCCACGGCGGGAAGUACACGUGCACAGCCCAGACCGUGGUGGACAGCGCGUCCAAGGAGGCCACCGUCCUGAUCCGAGGUCCCCCGGGUCCCCCCGGGGGCGUGGUAGUGAGGGACAUCGGCGACACCACUGUCCAGCUCAGCUGGAGCCGUGGUUUUGACAACCACAGCCCCAUUGCCAAGUACACGCUGCAAGCCCGCAGCCUGCCUGCAGGGAUGUGGAAACAGGUCCGCACCAAUCCUGCCAACAUCGAGGGCAAUGCCGAGACCGCCCAGGUGCUGGGCCUCACUCCCUGGAUGGACUAUGAGUUCCGGGUCUUAGCCAGCAACAUUCUGGGCACGGGGGAGCCCAGUGGACCUUCCAGCAAGAUCAGGACCAAGGAAGCGGCCCCCUCAGUGGCCCCUUCGGGACUCAGUGGUGGUGGCGGCGCCCCUGGAGAGCUGAUCAUCAACUGGACGCCCAUGGCCCGAGAGUACCAGAACGGAGAUGGCUUCGGCUACCUGCUGUCCUUCCGCAGGCAGGGCAGCGCCAGCUGGCAGAGCGCCCGGGUGCCCGGGGCCGGUGCCCAGCACUUUGUCUACAGCAAUGAGAGCGUCCGGCCCUACACACCCUUUGAGGUCAAGAUCCGCAGCUACAACCGCCGUGGGGACGGGCCCGAGAGCCUCACUGCGCUCGUGUACUCAGCAGAGGAAGAGCCCAGAGUGGCCCCCACCAGGGUCUGGGCCAAAGGGGUCUCCUCGUCAGAGAUGAACGUGACAUGGGAGCCGGUGCAGCAGGACGUCAAUGGGAUCCUCCUGGGCUAUGAGAUCCGGUAUUGGAAAGCCGGAGACAAGGAGGCAGCGGCUGACCGUGUGAGAACCGCAGGGCUGGACACCAGUGCCCGAGUCACUGGCCUGCAGCCCAACACCAAGUACCAUGUGACCGUGCGGGCCUACAACAGGGCGGGCACUGGGCCUGCCAGCCCUUUUGACAGCACCCAGACCAUGAAGCCCCCUCCGCAGCGACCUCCGGGUAACAUCUCCUGGACCUUUUCCAGCUCCAGUCUCAGUAUCAAGUGGGAUCCCGUGGUCGCACUGCGCAACGAGUCUGCGGUCACUGGCUACAAGAUGCUGUACCAGAAUGACCUGCACCCCACACCCACACUCCACCUCACCAGCAAGAAUCGGAUUGAAAUUGCAGUUCCUGAAGAUAUCGGCCAUGCCCUGGUGCAGAUCCGAACCACGGGGCCUGGCGGGGACGGAGUUCCAGCUGAAGUCCACAUCGUGAGGAAUGGAGGCACAAGCAUGAUGGUGGAGAACUCGGCGGCCUGCCUCAGCCUGCAUCCUGGCGCCAUCCUCUCUCACUCCGUGGCCAUGCUGGUGCUCAUCGGCUCCCUGGAGCUCUGACGGGCCCCCUCUGCCUGGCCCGGCCCCCACUGUGCCUGAGAGGGGCUGGGCCCAGGCGGCCAGUUCAGAGAGUGCCCUUCACACCGCGGGGGCAGGUGUUUCCUGCUGGAACCCCUGCAAGGACUCUGUUCAGCAAGAUGCACCCACCGGGCAGCCUAUUCCCUGAGAGUGGGGACCCCCACCCGAUGUCACCUGCGAACUGGACUUGGAGUGACAGGCCUGGGGAAGAAGGGACUCGAACCCUACCUGCUCACCUGCAGAGACGGGGCUCCCGAAGCACGUCUGCUCUCUCUACCCCGAGGGCAGAGGCUCCGACCCAGCACCUGGGCACGGCUGCGGCUGAGGAGACUCCACCCUGAACACCCUCGGUCUCAGGGAGCCAAAGGCAGGACCAGGACCCUCCCACCUUCACAUAAGCAGCUCAGCUUCUCGCUCACAUUGUCCUUGAUGGGCCUGGGGAGUGAGAAUCAGGACCCCAAAGACUUGCCGCUCUGGGGGUGACCCUGUGCUGCGGUGGGAGCCAGCACCUGGUGCCUUGUCCCGGACUUGGCCCGCGGCACAGCCACCGUCCAGCUGACGGGGCCUCUUAGCCACCACUGCCAACCUGCUGCCGUCCCAGCAGAGUGAUGCCACUCGAGGCUGCAUGACUAAAGGGCUUGUCCUGGGGAGGUCCCAGGCCCUCCGAAGCCAUGUCACAUCCCCCGAGGGUCUGGGCAGGGGACAGGGCCCUGUGUCCACCGUGCUCUCCUCCACUGCAGGCCCCACUCUGCUGCCCGGUGCCCACUCCAUGGGCUGGGGAACAGGAUGGGGGCAUUAGCUCGGGCUUGGGCGUCUUCUGAGAAGACAGAGGGGAAAAGGCGUCCUGCCUGGAGUGCUUGGUCUGGCUGCCUUGACCCCCUGAUGCUUCCCCAGAAGAAAAGGGAAUAAAGGGGACAUUUCUAAGCAUUAGCCAGUCACCGAGCAUCAGCACUGGGAGAGGUUUAGCAGACCACUGUCCAACACUCUCUCUUCUCAGGGGGCAGCGGGGGGAGGACCAAGAAUGGAGGCUGGCGGGUUCCCCCAGCCUGGCAUGGUGGCUGGGGGAUGUGUUAGCUCCCAGCUUCCUCCUCCAGGCCUACCUGAGGGAGGCGCAGGCUGCACCGUUGAAGGGGGCGAUGCCUGUUGGGGUUGCAACAGAUCACCGGGUUAUGGUUGGGCCCCAGCCUCGGUCUGGGCUCACCCCAGGAGGCGCCCAAUUGCUCUGCCUUCUGCUGCGGUCUCGGCAAUGCCGGCUGCAGGCUCUCUGCUCCACUCCUUGCUCCAGUAAAGAGGCCAAGGCAAGGAUGAGCCUCCCCCGGCACGAGCAGGGCUGGACGUGCAGGGGAGCCCCAAGGCCGAGGCUCCAACAGGAGGCUCCUGGCCCAGGAGCUGUGGGACCAGCGUGGAGCCCCGGUGCACGGCUGGUUCCUGUAGUUUACAGUUAGAGCUCUAUUUUGUAAGUUUUUUUAAACUUUGAAGUCCUGCCCUGUUUUCCCGGGCAGGUUUCUGUUGUUUACCCUCUACAUAGAAUCUUGAAAUGGUCAGGCCCACUCCUCAGCCCUGCCAGCGCCCCGGACCCUGGUGAGGACGUGGCUUUGGCACCAUCUGAUCCCUGCCACGUUCCAGGCAGGGAGCAGGGCGCCGGGGGGCUCAGAUCCGCCUUAACAGGAACCCCAAUGCCCUCUCCGGACCCGUGGCUGAGAUGCCUUGGCCCUGCUUGUUAGCAAAGGGGCCGUGAGGACCAGAAAAGCCUCCAGCUCAGGUCUGGCCAAUUCCUCCUCUAGGCUAGGCAGGUGAUGCCGGCCGCGGUGUCCAGCUCUGGACCAAGAUGGAAGAGCUGUUCUGUCCCUCGCCACAGAGCGGCCGAGGCUGUGGUCUGAGCGGGCUUCUGGCCAGGGACACUGAGGUCAGUCUGACAAGGCCCUGCAGGAAGAGAGCGGGUGCAGGCCUUGGAAACCUCCCUGUGACUGAGCCCUCAGAGUAGCCACCUGUCACAUGGAGUUGGUCCUCUAGGGGUGGACAGGCGCGGGUGCAGGCAGAAGACACAGCCCCGCGUGUCCUUGCAGGGAUGGGCUGGGGGCCAAGGGGGCUCACCCUGCCAGCUGCUGACUCACAACCCUCUGCUGGGCUCUCCUGCCUCUCUCACCGCCUGCCUGGCACCAGGUGGGGGCAACGCUGUCAGGGCAGAUGCAGUGUCCACUCGGCUCGGCUACAGGCUCACUCUCCGGGCAGGGGCAGCUCUCAUUUCAGGGGUUGGGGCAGUGAGGUCAGGGUCUCUCUUUCCCUUCAGGGCCUAAGGACCUAGAGGGGCCGUGGGAAGCUGGGAGAGGGUGGGGUGGGGUUGCUUUGUAUAAAAAUAACGGGUCAGGUUUCACAUCAGGAGACAAAAUCCUUCAGGAAUGAGCAAGCAGCUUCUUCCCAUUACUGGGAGCUUGGUGGGUGGGGGGGGGUAGUUAACAGGGGUGGUCUGGGGUUUUGGUUUGAAGGUACCUGGACACGUCUGGAGAUGCUGUGUCCUCCCAGACCCCCAAGGGGCUCAGCCCAGCAAGGUCUCCUGUGGUCCCUGCAGCCUGGGAGCCAUCAAGCCUCCUGGAUGAGUCCAGGCUGCAGGAGGUAGACUCAUGUCCCUCCUCCACCUGGGACAGGGCCUUUGGGCUUACAGGGAGCGAGUCACGGUCACAACAGGUUGAAGCUCAGGGCGGUGCCUCUCCCUGGCUCAGAUCGAACGUGGGUCUGAGGUUGCCAAGGAGGCCCUGAGUGGUGGGAGGGCUUAGGUGAGGAUUCUAAAGGACCCCGUAGGAAGAGGUGCCCAGGGCUGAGGGCACCAUGGACUUACACAGAUAGCCACAGGACUGGGGAGGCCAGCAGAGGAGCAUGUGGCCCAGAGCCCAGGAAGCCCAGUGCCCUUAGGUGGGUGCACCCUGCCUUGGGCCCCAAACUUCGGGAGACUCGUCCCUGCAGGGCGCAGAGUGCUUCCAGAAGCUCACAGCUGGGCAAGGCCAGAGCCCCGUCACGCCACAGACCUGACUCCCACUAGAUCCAAGAGAAGGGCUCCCGCCGGCCCCACUUUGUCUCUCUGUACUUCUUGUCUGGUAGUUAUUUAUGGACUCUGGUAGCAAACGGUUCUUAAAUAAAGAUGGUUUCCCACCCCGUGAGGCGGCGGGCACCAGCUGUGGUGUUUUGCUCUUCA